GUUUCGCAUUUAGAAUCACAAAGUCUUGUAAAAGUAGAUAAUGCCUCAUCGCAUUUUUAUGACCAAUUUAAUACUUGUGAAUUAAAUGAACCAAUUGAAUUAAAUUCUGAUUUUGAUGAAAAAACAUCUAAUGAUUCAGAACUUGAGGUGACAGCCAUUUCGCGCAAAAAUCAUCAAGGUUGA